CCAUCAAACACCUUGACGCGAAGGUUGUGCCGAAGACUUGUUCGGGGCUUUAGCUUGAAGAUGGCAUCAUGCCUUUAUGAAUGCCUUUGUGAGGCAGAACUUGAAAAAUACUAUCCAUAUUUUGCUGCCUUUGGUCUUCAGAAGAUUGAUGAGCUUGCCAAGGUUUCCAUGAAAGAUUAUACCAAACUGGGGGUCCACGACAUGAAUGACCGUAAACGUCUUUUUCAGCUCAUUAGAAUAAUCAAAAUUAUGCAAGAAGAGGAAGAUGCAGCAGACUUGAAAAAGCAAAAUUUUCAAACAAGUGGCCUUAUUGUUCAGCCUCAGGUGACCAGAUCAGGUCCCCGUAGACAACUGCAUUUUGAGUCCUUCUUUGAGAAAAAUGAUGGAGCAGUGAAAGACUCUGAGUCUGAAUCAUACGGUUCAACUGAUUUCAGUGCCAAUGAAGAGAGGGACAGUCUAGUGGAAAUGCUGGGACACAUUCAACCACAUGAUUCAGAGCUGAUUAGAAUAGCUAGAAGAGACCUAAAUACUCCUGGAAUAUGCACAAAAAGUGAACUGGACUGUGCUACAGUAUCUGAUGAUAUUGCUCCUCUCUUGGGGGAUUCUGAAACUCCCAUCAUACAAAGAAUAACUCAUAUUUCAGGGUAUAAUUAUGGACUACCUCAUUCUUGUAUCAGAUCAGGUACCUCUGAGAAAGAAACUCCAUGGACAGAGAGUGAAAAAAUCCGAGUGUGUGUCCGAAAACGUCCCCUGGGCCAAAGAGAGGAGCGACGUGGGGAGGUUAACAUCAUCACAGUGAAAGAUAAAGAAACCCUACUCCUUCAUGAGAAGAAGGAGGCAGUUGAUCUCACCCAAUAUAUUUUGCAGCAUGUUUUUUAUUUUGAUGAAGUCUUUGGGGAGUCAUGUACCAAUCAGGAUGUGUAUAUGAAGACAGCUCAUCCUCUCAUUCAGCAUAUUUUUAACGGAGGCAACGCAACCUGCUUUGCAUAUGGACAGACUGGUGCUGGCAAGACUUACACUAUGAUAGGUACCCACCGGAACCCGGGUCUCUAUGCGUUGGCUGCCAAGGACAUCUUUAGACACCUGGAAGCACCACAGUCAAGGAAAGAUCUCCUUGUGUUAAUCAGUUUUUAUGAGAUCUACUGUGGACAGCUUUAUGAUCUGCUAAAUGGAAGGAAGAGACUUUUUGCAAGAGAAGAUAGCAAGCAUGUCGUUCAAAUAGUUGGACUGCGAGAGGUUCAGGUGGACUCUGUAGACCUACUGUUAGAGGUGAUUUUGAAGGGGGGGAAGGAACGUAGCACAGGAGCUACUGGAGUGAACUCUGAUUCCUCUCGAUCUCAUGCUAUCAUCCAAAUCCAAAUUAAAGACACCGCCAAUAGGACGUUCGGAAGGAUAUCGUUCAUUGACUUGGCUGGCAGUGAAAGGGCAGCUGAUGCCAGAGACUCAGAUCGACAAACAAAAAUGGAAGGAGCGGAAAUAAACCAAAGCCUUUUAGCACUAAAGGAAUGCAUUCGGGCACUGGAUCAGGAACAUGCUCAUACUCCUUUCCGGCAAAGCAAAUUAACUCAGGUCCUAAAGGAUUCUUUCAUUGGUAAUUCCAAGACGUGUAUGAUAGCCAAUGUAUCACCUAGCCACAUAGCUACAGAGCAUACACUGAACACUUUGCGAUAUGCUGACAGGGUCAAAGAGUUGAAAAAAGGGAUUAAAUGUUCUACCCCCAUCACAAACAGACGUCGGAUAGCUGGAAACGUAUCCCCAAAACGUAUCCAAAACUCUCCUUCUUUGCCACCUGGGGAAAAGAGCUCUCCAAAGAAAGUGAAGCUAGGCCUCCAACAUCCUUCAAGCGCUACAAGAAUGAAGGCAUGUCCUUCAGCACUUCAGCCACCCAGUGUCCCUUUUACCUCAACCCCCAGGGGAGUCAACAAAGGACAUGCCUGCAGAGGAAAUCCCAGCUCACCGUGGUUCCACCACACUAGCCCAGUUAAGGGAGUCCUACGGAUAGGGCAGCCCGUGAAGAAAAAGACUGAUGAUCUGUCUCCGCACUAUGAAAAGAACCACGCUGCAAAGGAUUUUAUCAUCAACAAUGCUGCCACGAUAGAGACAAAAGAGAGUGGCCAAAGAGACAGGUAUGUGCAAGACAAACCACCUGUCCAGUGCUUGAAAGUCCAGACAGUGCAACCUGUGCAGAAACAGCUUGUUUCUAGAGGUAAUUUUUCCUUUGGAGAUGGAAAUCAGCCUUUUGAUGGCAAUCAGGAGUGGGGAAAUGCCUUUGCUAAACAGUGUGUUGAAACCUGGACAAACCUCUCUCCAUUUCAAAAGGAAAGGGAGGAGCAUUUACGCCUUUAUCACCAGCAGUUUCAGCAGCCACCUAUUCUACAGCAAAAAUUGAACUACCAACCUCUUGAGAGGUUUUUAACUCAAUACAAGCCCCAGGAGUUUCAAGUGCAGCAGGAGCCAAGCCUUACUCCCACAGAAGCACAGAGCAAGGAUGGGAUGCAGCUGGAAGAUCUGGAUGACAGUGAUUUUAGUGAAGAUUCUUUCUCACCUGUCUGCAGCCAAAAGAGCACGAAAAGAAUUCGAAGCCCCAAUGAAUGCAGCCAGCAUUCAUUUUUCCUUCAUCAAAGAGAACAGGGAGCUGAGGAAGAGCAGAAAGACCAAAAGAGAAAGGAUUUAUUAUUUAAAUACUCAGUUCCUGUGCAAGAACAUGAACUAGAUGACAGCUGGGAUUGUAGUGGGGGCUGCCCAAAACCAGAGGAAUCUAUUAAAAAUGCAGGUGGAUGCAAAACUCCAUCAGACUGGAGCUGUGACUUAACUACUGAGUCGUCUCCAAGCAAUACUGCAGAAAAACCUUACUGCCUGCAAGAUGAUCUUGCUUGUAACUGGAAAAAUUGCAAAGAUUUCCCAGCUGAUCACAAACAGUACAAACCCAAACGUCUCAUUUAUUACAAUGAAACUGUCUUGACUCCAGAAAAGGAGGCUCCAAACCCAUGUGUUUCUCCCGUAUUGAAAUCAGGAGCUCCAGAGUACAUAGAGACCAGCCUCCUACAUAAGCAGAAGGAAGAAUCCACCUUGGAUAGACAGGCUGCCCUCGCAGGAGACAUAAAAUGGAAAACUCGAAAAAAUGGAGUUGGCCAUUGUGGAGCUUCCAGUAAUUCCUCAGAGUUAACUUUUGGGAGAGCAGCCCCUCUCAUGGUAUCCGUUCUUGACUACGAGGAAGCAACUGAUACCGAGGCUGUGUCUUCCAACCGAGAGAAGUCUCCCCAUGUGAAACAAAUGUUAGACAGGAACAUACACUGCUCCCAGAAAAGGCUUGAGGAAGAGGCCUGGCAGUGUACUAGAAACAGAGCUCUGACAGACAGUAUGUUGGAGCUAGGGGAGCAAAUGCGGCGCAAUGGAAGGAACUGCGUCUUGCAGCGUUUCCCACAAACAGGGAACAAGUGGUUUUCACCCGCGGGCUGCAAUGUGAAGCCAUGCUGCUGCCUUCUGGGCUCAAGUUCAUUAAAUCAAGGAGCUGUUCAUGGUUUAUUUGUUGGAAGUGGAGCCCUAACAGACACAUCCGCAGCUGAAUCCAGGGACUCCAGGGGAGAGAGAGAAGGUGGUUUGCUUCUCAGUAACUCGAUGUGCAAAGGCUAUUCAGAUAGACAGUGUGAUGCUGAUGCUAAAGCUGUUACUGGUAAUUCAGGAAAAUCUAAUUCAGAUCAAGGAUGCAGUGUUGAACCCAUGGCUCAGGCAAUACCUGCUGAUAUUCCUGAAAAGGGUUGUUUUUCAGGUGCGCCAUGCUUUCCCAGUGUGGGAAAUAUGGAUUACACAGUCCAGUCCCCCUCUCAAGAAAGCAGCCUGCUGCUGCAGCCCGAAUCAGGACUAAGGAACCAGGGCUUCAAUCAUUCUGAAGACACAGGCAAGUCGUCGUUCAGGAAUGAAGAAAUUGGAUCGCUUAAGAACAAAUUGAUUCAGAGUAUUUUUACACAAGAGACUUUUGCUGCAGAUUCAGGAUCUGCUGCCAAAGAGAUUAAGCCAUGGGCAAAUGCAGACAACCCCUCAGGCCUGUCCAACAUCAUCUCCCCAAGUGCUACAUCAGAGAUGGAAAAUCAGCAGAGGGAAGCCCUAGAAAAGGCACAACAGGCUAUGAUUCGAGCCCAUCGGCAGCAGCUGGAUGAAAUGGCAUCCUUGUGCUUCAAGGAAGAGUGCUUGAUAAAUCAGAUGUCGGCAACGGAUUUUCAGAAUUUUGUGGCCAAGCUGGAUGAAAUCUUGGUACUGAAGUCAAAGUGUAUCCAAACUAUGCGAGCCCAGCUUAAGCUCUAUUUAGACUCUCCUGGUGCUGACACAGCCCUGCAAACAUCACCACCAGUUUAGCUCUUCUUUGCUUACACAUGCCCUAUGCACAAAAACAGUUAUGGAAACAGCCAGCUGGUGUUCCACCACAUUUGGUGCUGCAGCAUGUGGGUGGGCAGGGGAUAGCUUUUGGUUUGAUGUUUGCAAUUAGUGUAUAUUUUAGAAAAGGAUGGAGAGAAUUCUGAGUAAAGGUGAGGCAUGCUUGUCACCACAAGCUCUGUAUUUCCUUAAAACUAGUAAGUCACGUUCUUAAGAAUAACCAGUUCAGCAGCCUUUAAAUAUCUCACCAAGCAGUCCAGUCCACAGUAUUCAUAGCAGCUUCUCAGCCAAGAAAAUGGUGGGGGAGGGAGAGGGGCCAGGGAGAGAAAACACUUUGAUGCUGGACACAGCUCUGAACAGAAAUACUCAAAAGCUAUCCAGAAAAGUACGUUGGCAAACAGAAGUGAGGAACUAGAGGGGAGCCAUUGUUUAAGUACACUAAACUAGACCAAAAGUAAAUGAAAAUCAAGGCAGGACAAGAGGUGCUGAUGCAGAAAGCAGUCCUAAGCAAAGUGCAGCAAUAGCCUUCUAACUCCAGACCAUCUGAAAAAGAUAGAUAGCUUAAGUCAUGCAUAACAGGUGGUUUAGCAGAAGGCUUAUAUGUGAGGGACUUCAUACGAAGGUUCAUCUGGCAUGUUAAUAAAGGCACAGGUUUCAUACUAUGCCAAGAGUGAGAGGCCCAAAGCUUACCCCGCUACAAAGGAUGCCUGACCUCUGCAGUACAGCUCUGCUGUAGGGUGCUUUGUCCCGUUGACUUUGUGGCACUGCAGAAUUUAUUUUUCACAUCAAAAGAGAGAGUCCACUUAGAGGCAGCCGGAUUUCAGAAGCUGCUGACCUUGCUGUUAAAGAGAACCUGAUAUUUGAACCAAGAACUAGAACUAUCAGCUGUAGCCCUGCAAAAUCCCUGCUUCUGUGCAUCACAUCUGAGCCACAAAACAAGUCCACUCACUGAAGCCACAAGUGACCUUAAAAUAUGCAUAACUAAGCCAACAUGCUAUGCAAGCUGUCCCAGUCCAAAAUUAGGGCUGUCACAGCACACAGCCAUUUCCACCUCUCCUCAAUAAUGCCUACAGUAGCUCAAUCUAAGCAUGCUCCAAUGGCCAUAAAUGCCAAGGGUGAAUAAACCCUAGUCUAAGCAGCUGUGAAUUUUGCUGUCUGCUACUAUGGCUACCCAGGAGAACAAGGGGCCGGAAGAGCAGUAGCGCAGUGAUCACAGUCACAUUCAGUUAUCUGCGUUGCAUAUUCAAUGCAAACGCUCCCAAGAACAUCACACAACAAGCCCUGAGGAACAGAAGCACAAGGGUAGGCCUAACCAUAGUAACUGUAGAAAGUUACAGUUCAGUCAGGGUCCUAACUUCUUUUUUUUAAAUGAAAAGUACUGGUUAGUCUCCAUCUCACAACUGACAGUGGAUUACCCCAAGAAGCAGAGAGCAGAGUCAUUUCAGAGUCUGAGUUUAUGGCCUCCAAGAUAGCACCUGUGUCCAGGCCAACAGAAAGUCACACUUGAAACCAGGCCUCUCAGUCUCCUUUUAAGAAGUUUUUUUUUUGCUCAGCAAAAUGAGGCUUUCAGGAGCAAGAAAGGCAGCACCUCUUCAACAGCCUCAGUGCACAGUAUCCACACACAUCACAGAGUAGCUGUAAGUACAGUCUCUUACUAACAGAGAACUGUAAGCGAACACACACACACACUGCUAGCCAGGGGAACACAGGUGCACUGUUAAAACACCCAGGAGAGAAGAGCAGGUAUAAACUGAGUUCCCCUUUAAAAUAAGCAACUCUUAGAAAAGGACCCUCCUCCCUGCCCACCCCCCCCAUCUCUUGGGGACAAGGACAGCUUUCCUCAUGCAUAAGGUGAGGUGAACCAUGCAGCAGCAGACAGUCCUUCCUUGCAUCUUCUGAAAGCAAAUGGAUGGAAGUGUUUUCAGUGAUUUCCACAGCACUUUCCCCAGUGAUCAUACAGAAAACAAGGCUGUGGGGGAGCUGCUGAGCACUUUUGCAAGUCAGUUUGGAGCUGAGGAGAAAGUGGGACAGAAGGACACGCACAAAGGUCACAGAAAAAAAGAGAGGACCAGCCAGUAAUGCAGGGGCAGCUGGAGGAAAGAGGGAGAAGGGCAGUACUUUCCUCCAUGUACUCUGACAUUUGGGAUACGAGUAUGGCUUUGAAAGAUGAGUGAUUUGUACUUCCACAAAAUAGGGGACUAUCUUUAAAGAGCAGCUCAGCAAAAUACAUUGACAGGGAUUUUCAGUCUCUUUCCCAAGAUGGCCACUUCUAAAGCAACACCCAAGAAUGAACUAUAACAUGAUAGUGCCAUGUUAUUACCUCAGUAUUUUCUGAGAUAGGUGCAGCAAUAUAGAUGACUGACCAAAAAUAGAGGUCUAGUCAGCUACCAAAUUUUGGGCCAGCUGUGUGCAGUUCCUGUCUGGUCUACAAUGACAAAGGUAAGCAAGCCUAUUCCCCAGCACAAGUUUCCAAAGCCAGUUAUUUGCUGCAACAGUCAGGAACACCUGAGAAACAUGCAGCAAUUAAAAACCAGGCAGUUUCCAAGAUGUGAUAAUCUCUUAACACUGCAGUCACUUUCAGAAGUGCACUUUGUUAAAUGUAAGACUUCAUUUCCAGUCUAUUCUCAGAAUGGUCUUCUUUCCCCUGCUGCAUGCAAGACUCAGUCCACUGACAAAAGAAAAGGAAAAAGAAAUAAAAGCACCCUGGCUCUGGAAGUCCAUUCAUCCUCAGCAAUAAAAGGACUAUUGACGUGCUUGAAGUACUACAUGCCCAUAAAAUAGCAAAGCUGGGCUCAUACUAUGUACCAGAAACUACCAAAGCUGUUACCAAAACGGUAGCAUGUUUUUUUCUCCCCUUAAGGUUAUUACCUAGAUGCUGCUUUAACUCUUGUGUAAAAGUGUGCUAAAUGAGUGUUUCAAAAUGGCAUCCCUUUACAGCUGUUUGAUAUUGCACUGCAUCUGAUAUGACGAGUUGUUUUAAUUUCAAACUGAGGAAUGUAUGCAAAACUGUUGUUGUUACAGAAGUCUUUUAAGAUUAAUAGAGCCUGGCCAUGUACAAUCAAGUAAAUUAAGAACUGUAAUGAAUUUACUUUUGUAUUUGUUUGCA